UCUUCUCCACACCCCCCACCCCUCAAAGUACUCGAUGUAUAGUUAAAAAAUGGGAGGGCACACUUGAACCGAGCUGCUCUAUGAAGGUAGGCUGCAGCGUGUGUUUAUUGAUGAGAUGAAAAGAAGAUGGAAGUGAGAAAUGAACAAAGUAAAGGAACAUACUGAAACAAACUAAAAAACGCGCUUCGUCGGGGGAAAACAGGGGGAGCCGUGGAAACGCUGUCGCCACUUUUUUGAACGAGCUUCGAAGUGCAGAGCAACACAUGAUUUGGACAGAGAGGACUGACAGCCUUGCCUAGCACCAGGCCCCUGAUCAGCCAUCUCCACCAGCAAACUGAAGCUUGACCCGCACUUCAUCACCAGCCACACAAGCAUCUUCGUAACACAACGUCAUCUAACUGUGACAUCAGUUGCAAGGGGAUGACCGAGCGCAUUCAUAACAUCAAUCUUCACAACUUCAGCAAUUCUGUACUUGAGACCCUCAAUGAGCAGCGCAACCGUGGGCACUUCUGUGACGUGACUGUUCGGAUCCAUGGAAGUAUGCUGCGAGCUCACCGGUGCGUGCUGGCUGCUGGAAGCCCCUUCUUUCAGGACAAGCUGCUGUUGGGCUACAGCGACAUUGAGAUCCCCUCUGUGGUCUCAGUGCAAUCCAUCCAAAAGCUGAUUGACUUUAUGUACAGUGGGAUUCUGCGGGUGUCUCAGUCAGAGGCCCUGCAGAUCCUUACUGCUGCCAGCAUCCUACAGAUUAAGACCGUCAUUGAUGAGUGUACCCGCAUCGUGUCCCAGAAUGUGGGCCUGGCCGGGCCGGGGGGCUUCCCUGUUAUACCAGGUGAUUCUGGUCAGGAAACUCCCCGUGGCACGCCGGAGUCUGGCACCUCUGGGCCCAGCAGUGACGCAGAGUCCGGUUAUAUGCAAGCAACAUCACAGCAAAAUGUGGAUCGUGCAUACACAUCACUGUACUCCUACCCUGGCCUCUCUCUGCAGAAUGGAACCCGCGAGCGUCCCCUUUACAUUAACCCUCUGUCAACAAAUUAUGAUACGACUCUCAGCACUCAGAAGGACCAGCAAUCUCAAGAUCCACCCUGGAUGAACCGUAUCCAGGAGAGAUCUCAGCAGGUCGACCGCUUCAUCUCCACAGCAGAGUCCACUCACUGCCGCAAGCAACCCCGACCGGUACGCAUACAAACAGGAGGGAUGCACAUAAAACAGGAGGCCGAAGAUGAGUACAGCUGCUAUGACAAUAUGGUGGACUGCCAAGACGACACUGACCACACUGAAGGCGUAGAGAGUGAAUCCAAGGUUGAAAGUUUUGACUCAGGGGUGAGCUCCUCCAUCAGUACUGAGCCAGAUACCAUGGAGCAGAAGCCGUACCUGACGGCCUUUGGCCGAGAGGAGGGCGGGGAAGGGCAUCAUGGUGAAGGAGCUCCAAUGCAGAUAGUGGUCAAUGACUCGUCCCCUGAGCAAGUGCAAGAGACAGAGGACGGGGACACAUCCCACAGCACUAGUGACAGUAGCAUGAUGCAGCCCCCGCCAAACUCAAUCAAACUCAGUCCCAUGUCCCAGUACAUGCGCCAGGUAGAAUCACACACCAGCAAUCUGAGGAUGCCGAUCACCGUGACCAGCAAUUCCCAAGUGAUGGGCACUGCUGGAAGCACCUUCCUGCCCACACUCUUUCCUACACAGCCGGCUAGAGACCACAAGAAUUACCUUUACCUUCCUGGCCAGCAGCAACCCCAGUUUGUGGCAGUGCCGCCCCUGCAAUGCCACAUUCCCGAACCCAAUGUCGGUACAGCAAGCGCCAGCACAGCAGCAGCAGGCUGCCGGAGGAAUUGGUCAGGGGAAAAGAAGCCCUAUGAAUGCACUCUCUGCAGUAAAACCUUUACUGCAAAACAGAACUACGUCAAACACAUGUUUGUCCAUACUGGUGAGAAGCCUCAUCAGUGCAGCAUCUGCUGGCGCUCGUUCUCCCUGAAGGAUUACUUAAUUAAACAUAUGGUGACACACACAGGGGUGCGAGCCUACCAGUGCAGCAUCUGCAACAAGCGUUUCACCCAGAAGAGCUCUCUCAACGUCCACAUGCGGCUGCACCGUGGAGAGAAGUCCUAUGAGUGCUACAUCUGCAAGAAGAAGUUCUCACACAAGACCCUGCUGGAGAGGCACAUGGCCCUGCACAGCACAGCCAGCGCCAUCACAGGGCUGCCGGUUAGUGCAGGUAACCCGGGCCCCGUCUCCAUUCCCAUGCCUAUGGCUGUCCCUGAGCCUGGAGCUGGAGUGGUGGCCCUCGCCAUGCCAGUAAGUGGAGGUGCUGGAGUAGGGGCUGGGGUUGGAACAGGAGUGGGUGUAGCUGCAGAAGCGAGUUGCCAAGAAGGGACCACCUACGUGUGCUCCGUCUGCCCUGCCAAGUUCGACCAAAUGGAGCUCUUCAAUGACCACAUGCGAAUGCAUGUCUCCGAUGGAUAAGUACAAAUAGAUAAACUUCUUUCAAAAAGAAUGACAAAUGAAAUGGCACUAGAUUUUCCUUUUCUUAUUUUGAGGUAUGAAGAGUAAUGAGUAUAGACACUGGCACAUUAAGUUUCCCAAAAAAAAGAUUUUUUUUUCUGUUGUUCUAAAAGAAAAAAAGAUGGUGGCCUUAAGGCUUAGUAGUUUGAUAUUGAUCUACUGGAUGGAUCCUAACUACAGGCCUCUAAAUGUAUGCUUUCCUAAAAUACUGAUUUAUGUGUUGAACACUACCGAAAGGCCUACGAAAGAAACACAUACACACAAACACACCUUUAGUGUAGAUACGUCUGAAUGAAUAUACAUGUGCAUAUAUGUUUGAGCGUUUGAGUAUUUGCAUGUGUCCGUCUGUUUGUCCAAGUGUGUGUGUGUGUGUGUGUGUGUGUGUGUGUGUGUGUGUGUGUGUGUGUGUGUGUGUGUGUGUGUGUGUGUGUGUGUGUGUGUGUGUGUGUGUGUGUACAUUGCCAUGAGACAUAAAUCAUGGCAGUUGUGAACCCAUACUGACCAGUUUGGAAACUAUAGAUGUCCAAGCUUACUGUGGUAUAAUUUACAACAACAAUAACAAAAAAAUCAUCUGGGGUUGGGCUACAUAUUCCCUCUAAAAAUACUGAUGGUCACAAGAUUGCCUUCUCAUAUAAAAUAAAAAAAGGAGAGUAGUUAAUUUGACACUGGGUUUUAUUUAUUCCUAAGGUAUUAAGGGAUUAUAAUGCAGCUGUUGUCAAGGUACCAAUUUCAAUCAUUUUACUCAAAUGUAACUUCCUGUCAGUGGUGAUAGGGGACAAAUGUUUCUCACAUGUUUUAUAAUUAUUGUCCAUGCAUUUUGAUGGUUAAUAUUACGUUUACUAAAUUAUGGUGUGUUGAUGAGACAGUAUUUGAGCAAAAAUAUGUUUCUUUUUUUCUGAAGUUUGGAGUUUAACUCAUUUGCAUACACUGCCACUAAUAUCUUAAAAGACUGUUAAGGCUAGUAGACCUCUUCCAUUUCAAAAACAUAAGAAAAAAAGAAAGAUUCUUUUGCUGAUGGUUUUUUUUAGCCUUUUACAUUCACAGUUUAUGGCAGGCUGGAAUAUGCGACUAAACUCUCUCCUUCAUAAUUGCUGCUCCUCAACUUGCACCUGACUGUUAUGGGAUAUAGAUUUUAAAAAAAACUAAAGAGAAUUGUCACUACAACUAUUGCUGUUGUUGAGUAGCCUAUAUGGUUUUAAUUUGAUAAUUGAAUUACAAUAUUGUGGGGUGGGGUGGGUGGUUGCGGGCUGUUAGUCUAGUUGUUGAUUGCAACAGUGUUGUAAAAGAAAAGGGGUAAUUUAAUUUGAAUCAAUUCUAAAAUGGAAAUAAAUGCCAUCCUGAUCCUAGAACCCCAUGUAUAACCUGUUCACUACUAUUGCAAAGCUAUUUCAGCAGGUGGGAGCUAAAUGCAAUUACUCUUUAUGCAUUUACUCUCCCUGCGGGCUCAAAUGGCAUGCAACGUUUUGAAAGGAAAUUGACUGAGUGAUAACACACUGUUUCAUGAUAUACCACAAGCUGCAGAUGGACUUUCUAGACAAUAGCAUACAUUCCUGAUUUUUUUCUAAAAACCUAGACACAGCAUGUACAGAAUAGAUUUGGAAGCUAGUGUGCGCAAGUUGUCAUCCAUGCAUCACAUCACUUAAGGCUCAUUUCUGAUAUUUAAAAUUAUUUUAUAUUGCUUUAUAUCCAAAAUAGGACACACACAGACACACACACACAUGCAACUGCCUGCAACUGCAAUCUGAAGGAUUUGUUCAUGUAUGUGAGCAAACACUUUCGUAGUUGUAUUGUCAAAAAAAAAAAAUAACUAACUGCAUACUGGGGUCUUAAAAAGACCUGCUGUCAAUUCAAAAAAAAAAAUAAAGUGCUACUUUGCACAUUUUCUUAAAAUGCCUGUGCUUAAUAUUUAAUCAUUUUCCUUAAAUGAACUUCUAUGAUUUUCUUUUAUUCAAUUUCAAAGGAAAAAAACAUUUUUUUUUAAAAAUCCUGAUAAGUGGACUGCAUUAUUUUCUUGCAUAUAUGUUGCACUGCUUAAACCAAUAAGUGCACUACUGUUAACAGAGAUAUUAUAGUUUUAGAAAAGAGGAUUUUUUUAAAUCUAACAUUUGGUUGUAGACUUCACAUGUAAUAGAAUAGCUUUGUUUCAAUUUCUACAUUAAGUAAUUCAGCAAUUCUUGGCUUUUGUUAUUGCUUGCAGUUACCUACAGUAUAUUCUUGUGCCGUGUUAAUGCAAGCAUUUAUUUUUAUUUAAACCUGUACCAUUACGUGUGCUCAUCUAUGUUUUAACCUUUUUAAUUCACUCUUCUUCGGAGUAAGCUCCCUAUAACAGUUUAUUUGAUUGCAUUUCUUUAGAAACAGAGCAGAAUUUUCCUAUGAGAACAUCCAAGCCAAACAACAUUAACAGUGAAACAACAACAGUAAUAAUAAAUAAAAUCCCUUCCAACUCUGUUGGCGGUGGUAAUAAUAAUAACUAUUAUUAUAUUAUUAACAAUAAUACAUUUAUAAUGUGUGUGUGUGUGUAACAUAAAUGAUAUGUGUGUCCUAGAACAACUUUCUGUGGGUGUAAAGGUGUGAGGAGGUGAUGGAAUGCAGCUUCUUUGAUAUCUGUCUGUCAGUAGUUGUGUCCCUUCCUUCGUGCUUGUAUGUCUGUGAGUGUCUGUGAGUGGUAUAUAGCCUAAUCAAAUUGUUGAUAAGUGGAAUAUCUGAACUGUAGGGCUUCCUUUGCAAUAUGCAGCGCAGGUACUAUGAGAAGCAGCUCUCCAAACCGUUUGGGCUAAUAAGGCACCUAUAACAUUUGUUCUGAGAUCUGACUAAAGCUGAGGUCAAGUACUGUUGACUUCAGUUCUGUCGAGCGUUCUGAUGCUAAAUUUCUUGCGAUUGCCAGUAGAUGAAGUCAAGUGACGAACAUGUGAGACCUGGAGAGAUAUAUUCUCCACAGCUUAAAAAAAAAAACGAUCACACUUGAGAAACGUACUAAAAAGUCCUCAGUAAAAGUAGCACAUUAUUAAACAUUUGAUUGGGCCUGUCUCUUAUGGUGUGCAUAUAAGCCUAAAUUGUAUGGUUCCUGUUUGUAGCUGUUGUUGCCAGGAUGGCAAUAUUGCUGCAUGCUAGUGCUAUAUUUGUCUCUACACAGCACGUGGAGGGUAAUCUCAUGCCUUAACAGACAAUGCACUAAAUAGAAUAUGUAAGCAACUGCCGAGAUCUCUUUCCAACAGUAUUGCCACAUGUAAUGGCACACAGCUCAUGAUGUUGGUGUUUGUUGUCUGUUCAGUACCAAGUUAAACACUGCCAAACUAACAUCAUCACGUCGUUAACAGCAAAGGCAGAGACAUUAAUUGAAUUGUUUCAGUGUAGUGUGUGUAUUCAGUAAUCUAGCAUUCCUUCAUGGCACCUAAAUUUUACAUAUUUUGUGUAAACACAUAUAUCAAAUGCACUAUUGACUGUAGCUAGAUGAGUACAACCAGCUUUGUGGUAUCAUUGGUCUAAAUAGUAGGUUAAGUAGCUCGAUGUUGGUUUUUUGAACUAUUUGAUUUCAGAAUUACGCUAUCAAUUGUUUCUCUAUCACUUUUUUGGAAUAACAAAAGUAGCCAAUCUCAACGUUAUCUGGAUGAGGGCUAAUAACUCGUCCCAUCGUCAGUUGACUUCUUGUAUCAUAAGGUGUUUUGAUAGCAGACCAGGCUCGGAAGGGGAAGAACCUUCUCUCCAGUGUGUCAUAACGUGCUAUAGCAUACCCAGGCUUUUUUCCCUCCCCUGUUGCAUUAGCAUCACAUGCUCUUCACUGUCCAUAGUUAUAUAUUCCUUAUACUGCUUCAGCUACUCGUGGUGGUGCUUAAUUCUCUUUUUCUCAGUGUUGCGGAAAAACGUCAGUUAAAAAUUGUUGAAAAGUUGCAGCAUUAUCCAGAAAAUAAGUCCUUAUCUCAAUCGUGCUUCUUCUAGUUGUUAGUCUAGACUUUAUGUUUGCAAAGUGUUUGCAUAUUUUCCAGAACAAAACAUAUUGAAAAAGUAGAUAAUAGCCUUUGAGCCUGCAGCUGUUUGUAUUGUGUUUCAAAUAUAUUCCUGUUUCUGUUUUGUUUAUCUUAGUGUAGAGACACAGGGUCUACAGUACAUUGUUGUCCUUCUUGCAGUAAGUUUAAUUCAUUGUUCUUUAUUUCAGAAUUCCUCCUGCUUUUCUCUGGUGGUCAUAGUGGUUGUUGUUUAUACAUACAUAGCUUCACGCGACUGGAUAAAGGAUAGUCGGUUAUUUUUCACGGUGUACUAUAUAUGCAUAUAUGCUUUGCGUCGAGAUGAAAACAAGGAAAUGGAAGAUAGUAAUGGUGAGGGUCAUGUUGAGUAAGGAACAGGUUCAUUUUAUUCGGAUAAGCAUGUGUCUGUCUUCCUGUUUGUCUUUCAGUCUGUCUCCACACAUUUUAAGUCGGAUAUUUUUUCUUUUUUGUAUUUAGGCAUGACUAAAGUCACAAAGUAAAAUACAGAAAACACAUGAAACCAUUCAGAUAACUGCAUUUUCUGUCCUUCUUCAGUACAGAGUGAAAUAGAUAACUUCUUACAGAUAUACUAUAUAUAUUUUAAGUAUCACCAUCUCCACACAGAUGAAUAAUACAUUUUCAGAUAGUUUGAUAAUUGCAGCUAGAGUAUACAAUACCUUGUGGGAUAUAGGGAAUAUGCCUAUCAAGUGCCUAUCCGUACGUACAGCUACUAUACAGAAUAUUCAUAGUUUUUCUCUCCUACAUUGCACAAAUACAGUAUAUACACAAUGGACUAUUAAAAAUAUACUAUUUAUGCUAUUACUGCUAAAAAAAAAAAACCUGGUGGUUGUGAGUGCAUCGUAAGAGAACCCUUUAAAAUACCUGAAAUGUUUUAUCCAUAUACAGUAAAGUAAACAUCUGCGAGUUUUAUUUUUUAUCUUACAUUUAUACCGUCUGGAGGAUUCAAAGACAUAAAAAUGCAAUCACACUUAGAAUGUCUAGAAAAAUGUACAAAUAUAUUGUCUAGUAGGUUUAGAUAACGGCUGAAAAUUAGGUAGGAAAUGUUGAAACUGAAUAACCAUUUUUCUUUCUUUCACGUUGCUCUGUCUCUCUCUGUCUCUCGUUGAUAAGGCAUUUUUUCUUUUCAGUUUUCUGCCAUUCUUGCAAACAAGCCAUAUACUACCAAGUACUGAAUGUUUGGGGAGAGAGGGCAGUGGCACUUUGUGGACAGCAGGGGGAGCCACACAUCAGCUGCAAGAGGUGAAGUUUAAACUCGGCCUGCCACGGUUGAAUUUUUGGAUGUUACUGAAUUUCUUUGUGGGUAAAUAUUGCCAUUUUGGUCAGAUUAUAACAACAUCUAUAAGCAUGGCUCUUACCUCCACUGGCACUUUCUUUAAUGGAGUAAAAAGAGGUUUGCAGUCCGUUGGAGCUGGAAUCUGUUUUUGGAUCCUCAGUCAGUUUCAAAGUGCACCAUGUGUGCUUUGACCCCUCUGGCAGGCCAUUCCACAUGCAAGCCACUGCCCAGUUUCCCCCCACAAAGAUCAUUAAAGUUUUAUCUUAUCUCGCAAGCCUUGUUGUUUAUGUACAGCUUGAAAUUGUAAAGGGCAAGCAACGAGCAACGGGAAGCGAAGAAAAUGGUUAUUAAAAACGCGAGACCGGCUAAUUUUUAUUACCGCAACUUGGAGGCAAAAUGAGAUCGCAAAUUCAAAGUUUUGGCGACAAACACGGCCUCCUCGCAUAAUGGUCUUUAAGUGGUUGGAUGAGCAACAUGAAAACAAAACUAAAAGAAAAUAUGGUGGAAUAAAAAACCAUAAACCAAGUUUGAGGACUGAGUGGAUGCUAGAUAAAAGGUUUUGGGAUGGCUUAUUAUACUGUCCCCUGUGGACUAAUUACCACAGUUUUCUCUCUAACCUUACCCAGCCUUGUUACGGUGCCAAAUUUAGGGCGGGGGGGGGGCCUUUCAAAUUAUACCACUAUUGUUAAAUUAGAAGUGAGAACUAAACAGAAAAACAAAAAAGUGCAGGAAUAUUUUCAUACGAUUCUCGUGCGAAAGCGAAAGUGAUUGCCUUUAUUUUGAAUCUUUAAAUCCUCCAUAAUACAUAGUUUUCAAGUAAAUAGGAGAAAACAGCUAUGAUUAACAAACAAGUUACUUUCAUAGAACUUUAAUGUUAAAAUAAGCAUUAAAAAAAUAUAGGCAAUGUGAUAUAGCUAGUCCCUGUCAUCCAACUGUCACACUAUGACAUACUCAGAAACAGCAUCUGUUCAGACUUUUACAGUCAAAUGUCCAGAGUCUGUUUUGAUUUUUAGGCUUUACACACAUACAGUGAAGCAGCUGUUCAGAUUCUACAGUACAACGCAGCUAUACUAAGCUAUUGCAACACCUAGAUUGUAUUCACUAUGAUGCUUUCUCCGAACAUGCAGUUAUUACACUAAUCCUGGUGAGGUUUUUAAAAUAAAACGUCUACUAUCAGGUGACUACCAUCGAUCAGUCCAAAUGAAGCAUGCAGUCCUGUCUACACAGCUUUUUCCUUUUUUUUUCCCUAUCGGGGAGCCCUUUGUUUUUGACGGAGCACAAACUGUAUUUUGAGUGUCCCCUGAUAACGAGCGUUCAGUGUCUUUUCGUUAUCCAUGAGGAGGACUAAACACUCUUUGUGUUCGCAGUCGCUGUAGUCUUUUUGACUUAGUUUGGCUUGAUGAGUUUUAAGUUAAAAAAAAAAGUGUGCAGCAGCGUAAUUUAAAAUACAUGCAUUCCUGUUUUAAGUCCAGCACAUUCCAACUCCCAGUCUGGCAUUCGUUUUCCACACUUAACUAACAUUAAUAUUAAGGAGAAUUUCCAGUGCUUAAUUGUUUUACACAUCUGUUGCAAUAUUUGAUCAUGUAGUAACCUGUCACAUUACAGUUUAGCAGCAUUUCCCUUAAACGAAUCACAUUUUUUCUAAAAACAAGCAAAGAAAAAAAAAAUCCCAUCUCACUCUUUAUUCAAAUUUUGCCAUGAAAUCACGAACCUCAUAAGCUCUUCUGCUUAUGUGGACUGGAUUUAUAGACAACAUGCACUAUGCUAUCACUCUGUCUCUCUCUGUCACUUUUUUAAAGAGCAGAGACACCAAUAAUAAUAGUGAAAAAAAAAAACAGCAAAAAGAGAAGUCAUCAUGAUGUUGGCCACUGUUGUCUCACCCAGCACGUAUUCUGCCAUCGCUGCAGACUUAGAUUAAAAAAUUUAGCACUGUAACUUUCAUAAAAGGAGCUCGUGGUGGAAAUUUGCUAAACAGGGGCCAUGCUAAUCAUUAGAAUUUAAUCAUAAUAAUCAUUAAAAAAAAAACUGUACUAGACAAUGUUUGUUUUGACAAACCAAAGAAGGGUUAGGAUAAUUUAAUUUUUUGGAGAAAAUAGCAUUUCUUUUUGAUGUGUGUGGGGUUCUUAUGAUCGGGCUCGGGUUGCUACAGUUAUUAUUAUGAUAACUUUUUUUUUUUUUUGGUUUUAUGUGUUUUUUUCUUCUCAUGGCAGGGUGCUUGUGAAAAUGCAUAUAUGUUUUGUCACUUGAUCAGUUGUUUAUAGUUUUGUGGUUGUGUUAAUUUGCCUAUUGUAGACCAAAAUAGAUCUUUUUUUUAUAAGAAAUGCAACAAAACAUAAAAAUGAAUCUGACACAGUAGCUGUGAUGUAAACUAUCGCAUGUAUAAGAUUGUAAAUGUUGCAUUGUUCCUCUGGCAAAACCUAAUACUCAGUAAUCAUCAGUUAUGUCUUCUAUACACACAUUUAGCAAGUCAGUGUACACCUGUUCACCUUCACAUUGGAUUAUAUCUAAACAGUUUGUCUGAUAUGUGUUCUUUUUUUACUCGGAAUAUUGGCACUGUCUGAUACUACAAGGCUGCCCUGAAAAUACUAAUCUGACUUAGAGUGCAUUCAGCCAUUUAUACUUGAGAUGGACCAAGAUGUUAAGUUUGCACAUAUUUGUAAGUUGUUUAUUAAAGCCAAAAACAGAGGAAUAGUAACACAACUUUUUUCAGUCUCGACAAUUCAAAUCUAGCUGAGGUGCUCACGACACAUGAACAAAUAUUACAGUCUUUCACCAACAAAGGAAGCAUCAAAGCCAGCCAUCAUGUGAUGAUAAUAAAAGAACCAAACUGCAACAUAGAUUUAAACAUCACAAUGUGGUCCAAAUAUCCGAUUAGGUCACAGUAUAUUUUUGUAAUAACAUCGCAUCAUCUGAAAGCAGAAUGUCAACCAUUUGGCGUAAAUUUGGCAACAAACCAUAUUGUUUUACUGUAGGUGAAUCUGCUGUAUAUUUUUCAUUCUGUGUUAUCAAAAUAGGAAAUUGAAUUACUGUAUUUCAGGCAAUAUUUUGUACCUGGUCCGAAGAUAUUCACAUUGUAAACCAGAUAUGACAUGCGCCCGAAUUUAAAAAAAAAUAAAAUAAGCAGCUUUUUUUUUCUUUUCAUCAGGCUGUCAGGCUUUUUGCUGCCAUAUCAUGUAUCUAGAUGCUUUUGUAAACAUGCACUUGAGUUGAACUAUGAGAUGUGCUUAUAAAUAUGUGUAUAUUUUGUUAGGCAUUUUUUCUUUGCCUAUGUUAGCUUGAUAUUUUAUUAUUUUCCCUACAAAAAGAAAAAAAAAUACUUCUCCUAUAUAGUUCUGAACUUGGCAGAAGUGGAGCUGUUGUAGUAAAGGUAGUUAACAUCACAACUAAGCAACCCUGAAAUAUAUGCUGCAGUAAUGUGUUUUCAGUUUGUUUUUGAUAAUUUAUGCUCCAAGUUGGUUUGUAUUUUAUUACUAUUAUUAUUAUUAUUAUUAUUAUUGUUAUGAAACAAGCUUGUUUGAAAUGUAUUGACUGCUGUUUUGAAAUAGGGGAUAAAGAAUUUUUUUUAAUGUAUGUGCAAGGACGUGUUUAUAAUAUGAUUUGUCAAACACUGGACUGGAGUGAGUUUUCCAACAUUUCCAAGUUGAGAGAUGUAUUUGACAGACAUAACUGCACAGACGACACCCGUUAGCACAGAUGUGAGCUGACAGACGAAGCACAUCCUCCCAGCUGUACAGGGGAGGGUGACACAUGGCCGCCAUCCUCCCGUUCAAAAUAGGAGUCAUUUGGAUGCAAGAAAUUACGAUAUUUCCUUUUGUGCUGGUUAAUUGCUUUCAUUGGGUGAUGAGUUAUAGGAAACAUUUAUUAGGGCUUUCCUUCCAAAUUGUUGCGUGGCAUAGACUGGUGACCGAUUUUUCUUUUCUUUUCUUUUCUGAAAAAGAAAGAGUGCUCUCUUAAAUAUUCAGAAAAACACAAAUGGGAUACCACUUCACAGCUAAACAGUUCUCAGAAUCACCCGGUAUGUUCUUUCUAUGGUAGAGCAGAUAUGGCAGUUGUGUCUCAUUACACCAAACCACCACUUCUCAAACCAGAAAAGAGAUUUGCACUAGACUGAUUUUGGUCUUCUUCUAUCAAAAGCAAUAUAAUUCACUCAACACAUUUUUCAAACCAUAGUAUCGGACGGUUGUCGCUGUCCCCACAGUGGGAAUGCUGAGUAAAUGGUGAUGUUUGACACUUUUUUUUUUUUUUUGUAUUCAAAGGUACAGAAUUGGUCGCCUUUAUAAAUGCACAUGACAUCCACAUACUGUCGUUCGUAGCAGGGUCUUGUAUUUUUUCCCUAACCCAGCAGUUACCCCGAGUAUUAGUGUCCAGAUUUGAGGGGCAUUAAAACUGUUGUUUCCUCCUGUGAUUGUUUUGGACAAAUCGAGCAGCUCUUACAGAUCUGAAGUGAGAGACGGGAUGUUAUGAGGGAAGGAAUCAUUCACCAUCAGUCGAUGUCAAUUGUCUUCAUCACACAGCCGACAACACGUUUUUAAAGAGAAACACAAAUGCCAAAAGAUAAACCCAGCUGUCCACUGUCGUGCACACCGUUCCCUUAAAAACAAAAAAACAAACAAAAAAAAAAGCCUACACUGGUCUUAGAUCUCUGCAUAUUUGGUCACUUUGAGUGCUUUAUUUCUGGGAUGUUACAAAAAAAAUGCUUUAAAGUGAAAACAAUGAUGAAAUACUGAAAAUAGAGGCGAAAAAAAAAACAAUUACAAACCUGCACCUUUUGUGGUAAAAACAGCAACAUUGGCUACUUAUGUAGAGAAUCUGCGUCCACCAAAAUGUAUCAUACUUCAUCCUUUUUCAACGAGGUCACUUGCAACAGCAGUAAUUGCCGACCUUAACGUCAUUAUUUUGUUGAUGGAUAAGUGUAAAUUUUUCAAUAAUUCACAAACAGCAAAACUUCACCAUUUUAUCUGGAUGUAGUAGCUUUCCUGUUUUCACCGCUUUGUGGUGUUGUUGAAAGAUGUUGCGGUUUGUCUAAAUAUGUUGCGUGUUAGAGGAAGCAUAAGUAUGUGCCUUCUUGUAAUCUCCUUGGUGAGCUUGUUAUUAUUGAGAAGCUGAAGCCAGCCAAUUGUGUUUGCACUAAAACCAAAUUGCUUUUGUGAUGUAGACUAUUUAAGCAAGCUUGUUGCGUCACUUUAACCGUACAGUAUGCAUGAGGGUGAAAUUGGUAAGUCUAGGGCUAGAGCUCUCAUCUGUUGACCUGUAAACCAGUGCAGCUUAGAGGAUCUUGUGAAUAUAUCUUGGCUUAGUUUCGCAUUUAGUUUUUCAAUUCCAUCUCCUUACUCAUCAAGUUUUUUCACAUUUUCAACAGUUAAAAGUAAAAUAAAAUGGGGAAAAAAAAAAUCCAAAAAAAAAUAAAUAAAAAAUCAAAUAACACAUACCAUGAACACAACACAGCUUUUACUUUCACAUGCCACAGUUAGAGUUACACAACUGCAGAAGAGAUAUUCAUUUUUCUGAAUCCAUGGGAAUGCAUGAGUAUUCGAGGUCGCCUCAAGACUAUUGGUCAAAUUCAUUUAGGUUGCUUUUGAAAACUUGUAUUUAUUACACAUUUUGUUGACAUCUAAGAAAGACCUACAUGCUUUGAGUCUUACAAAUGCACCUUAUUCAUGUCAGUCCAUGAGGGGGAAAAAAAAAAAGGCUGGCAAUGUAAUAUCUCUGAUUUAGCACCUUACUACACAGCAUGUUUUCACUUUUCGCCAGUUUAGCUAUUCUUCCAUAUGUAUGAUUUCAUAAAUAAAUCUCAUAUUUUGUGAAAUUGUUUCAUGGGAUGUGCCAAAGUUUGGAGGCGAUCUCCCAAGUGUUUAUGCUUAUCAUUUUCUUUUCCUCCUCCUUCAGUUAUAGCAACGGUAUGUCAAAACUUUCCUAUAACAGUGUGUGGAAUCAAUUUAUCUCAGCAAACAGUAUCAUUACUUGCCAUUUUACAAUAAGCCCUGUAUUUCACAUAUAUUUACCAGUGAUGUGUAUUUGUUAUUAUAAAGAAAAUAGCCGUAAAAGCUUCAUUAUGUUACAUAAUAUUGUGACUUUUUUCGAAAAACUGUGAAGACUUAUCUUGCAUAUACUUUAUACAGAAGUAUUAAGCCUUAAUACAAAAGACUAAAAAAAGUGUGGAAGAAUAAACUGAUUGUUGCUAAGUAAGGAUGAUUUUUGUAAAUGUUACCAGCACUUUUUUUGUAAUUUUCACUCUCUGAGGUAUUGUACAAGUUCAAGCUGUUUGUGAAGUUUGAUUAUGAAGGAAUAAAAACUAGUACUUUCCUGUA